AUGUCAGUCAAUGAGAAGGAACUUUUGGAAUGUCUUCGAUUGUUGGUGAUUGAAUCGACGCGCAAUGAUGAAGAGGACGAUGGCGGGGAAGACGGCGGUGCCAUUGAAGUUGCCAUGACGGACGAGUCUCGUCGAGACGAUUUGAUUCACGAUGUGGAACUCAAGUUGACGCAAUUUUUGGAAGUGCAGUUUCGUAUGGACGAUCAGAGCGAGUUCAACGCAACAGGCUACAGCCCUGAGGACAAGAUUGUCCUUCCCAUUCACCAACCACAUGCGUAUCCGUGUCCCGACACACACAAGACGUUGCCGUCUCCUCCCUCUCAGUGGCCUCAGCGCCCGGUCAUGAUCCGCCCCACCCCGGGAACAUCGACCAAAAUUCGUGGCAUUCGAUUGGCAUCGGACCGCGAUUAUCGUCAUUUUGCCGGAUUUUGUGCGGGAUGCAUUUUACCCGUCAAUACGGGACGCGAAGCAGCGGGACAAUCGCUCGUGGUGGAUUUUGAAUCCAAUCAUUUUGUGGGCACGUUCUUGUUGCGCAUCAAGGGCGUGCCUCCGGCGGACAAGAAUGCUACUCAAGCCAAGAAGUCUAAGAGUUAUUUUGACAAUCGCAAACGGAAAUUCCAGGGCAUUGUAAAAGGCAAAUUCAAAACGGCAUUGCCCAUGAGCGAAUGUGUCACGGGACAAACGUUUGGACGACAAGCGGGUAAGUUACCGGCCAAAUGGGUGGUUUCGACCUUUAUCAAAUUCGUCUCGACACUGGCCCCGCAACUGGAGACGACACUGGAAGGUGACAAUCCACGGUUCUUGGUCCCACUGGCAGCCACGGCACAAACCGUAGCGACCAAACCGCACAAAGCGGCCGUUACACAGCAAGAAGAAGACGUCCAGCAGGCACUCAAUGAUCAUCUCUUCAACUAUUCGGUCUACUUGGGAGCCACGGAAGAUAUCGAACACGAUCAUCAGGAACCACCCUCCAGUGAUGAGACGAGUAUUCUACAGGAAUUACCCAAAGCUACCACGAGUAGUGGAGGAUCCAUUACAGCCCGCAUGAAGGCGCGCAAAAAAGCCUUCAACAGUAUUGCCGCCAAACAAGCCAAAGAACCGUGCUUUUCCCUCGACAAGGAGUACACGUUUGAAUUCUACCAACAUUUACUCAUCUUUGACGAACCAGAAUUCACAUUGGACAUGGGACGACCCAUUGGCAAGGUACCAUUGUCGCCCAUUACGGAUGGACAACCCAUCAAGUUUCUGUCCGCACACAAGGAUCCCGUCUCCGGAUUGUUGGACUCGCUCUGGAGUUUUGAUGUCUGGCACGAAUCCAUGUACCCGUUGGCACAAAAAGCGGCCGAUCGUGCGGCUGCGAAACGGUAA